GAAACUACAGCAGGACAGGAAAAGAACACUUUUUUCUAGAAAUACAGAUUGUUUUUUAGUUGUGUAGCUCCACGCUCACUGACUGGAAGCCUUUCACUCAAACACCUGAAACUACUUAAUUUCUGCAAGUAUUCCACUUCCUGCCGACUCCUGCUGUUGUGAGUGAAGAUACUUCUGCAGCUGCCACUGAGGAGGCCUCAGAGUCGAACCCUAAACCUGAGAGGGGACCUUCACUCUACAACAAGCUGCAACCCUCGUCCCUGCUGCAGGAGGAUCAGAGGCGCCCCCGGGCAGGACACGCUCACAGUGAGAGAGCAUCCUCCUCCCUGCCUCCAAACACAUGCCCACAGGACCACAGUAGUACAUGACAGAAUAAACUCAACAUCAACACAAAGAAAAAAAAAGAGCCAAUUAAAAGCAACCCCAGGGUUCUGCCCAGUGAUACUGUAAGUUACCGUCAGGAUAUUGUAGGAAUAUUUAAUUUUGUCAGAAGCACAUCCAGGCGCAGGGAGACAGAGGACGCCACAGCACGCUGCACAAUGGAGCUCCCACCAAUCAGAGGUUUAUCUGAUGUGCCGUGAGAGUUGGGAGCACUUUGUCCCAGCUCCAGCCUGCAGCCCUGGUGCCACCUUGCACGGCUCACUAGGAUGGACCCUUGUCAUUCCUUCAGGAUGGACUUGGACCUUCAGCAGGUCCCAGUGCUGUCACUCGACCAGAUACGUGCAAUCCGGGCCAACAAUGACUACAUGGAGCGGGCAGUGGCACUGGAACCAAACACCCAAUCUGGAUUUUUCUAUGCCCACGAUGAGCAUUUCCUUCAUGGAGUGUACAUCCACCAUCCCCAACCUUCUCUCCAUUCUGUCCUGCCACGAAGCCAGAGUCAGCAACAACAUGUCCAUCUGACCCACCUCAGUCGUUCUAGCACCAUCAGCUCAUCUAUGUCUCGGACCAGCGCCACCUCAGACCAACGGUUACUGGCAGGCUUAACGCCCUCCCACUCUGGCUUAAGUUCUGUGGUCCGAUCUCAGCCCAAAGGAGAACUCAAGCAUGAUAUUUCCCUGGAAAAAGGCCUGGUGGAGAAUGAGACUGAGGUGGGCCUGCAUUUGUUCAUUUGUGAGAGGUGUGGUCGCUGUAAAUGUCAAGAGUGCUGCACUCCCCGCCAUCUGCCUUCGUGCUGGAUCUGUGGGCAGCGCUGUCUCUGCUCUGCAGAAAGCGCUGUGGAGUACGGCACCUGUUUGUGCUGUGUUAAAGGCCUAUUCUACCAUUGCUCUGCCCAAGAUGACGAGGAUAACUGUGCUGACCGGCCUUGCUCCUGCACCCCAGCUCACGCCUGUGCCCGCUGGGGCACCAUGGGGCUGCUGGCCUUUUCCUUGCCCUGUCUCUGCUGCUACCCCCCUGCCAGGCUGUGCCUUUCCCUAUGCCAGUGUGCCCAUGACCGCGCUACACGCCCCGGCUGCAGAUGCAGCGACACCAACACGGUGUGUCGCAAGAUCUCCACCUCCAACCCCAACCCUGGUCCUCCCUCGCUCCGCAGCAAGGCCUUAGAAAAGCCAUUAUGACAGCCCUAGACGAGGUCCAGUCAAAUCUUUUUUCCACUCAGACAUCACCAAAGUAAUGCUGUCAGUAAUCAACAGUGCCACGACUAAUAUUGCAAUCCUAUGACAUAGCCAACAAGAACCACAAACUGUUAAUCACCUAAUGUAUCCUGUAUUUACUUCUCCAGCUCAGGAGGGACCAAGGUUUACGUGUCUGUUCACGUUGGAGACUUAAUGCCUAAAACAGAAACUUGUUUUUACUAAGAAGCUGUUGUGCUUUGCUGGAAUGUCCGCUGACCUUAAGCAGGAUUUCCACGCCCUCCCUUUGCUGUCUGUGGUGCAGCCUGGACAUGUUAAAAUCUAUUUAUCUACUGUCGACCCCAUUCCUACCCUUCCUUAGCGAGAAGAGUGCACACACCACAUUGAUGGGCAAUGGACCAAAUCGGAAAGGAAAGAUGCCUGCAGCAAUGUAUAAGAUCGAUGCCAACAUAGCGUGUGUCCUCUAGAAAGAGAAUGAGGAGAGUGACAGAUUGAGGACUUAGACAACAACAGCAUUCAGAAAAA